AUGUGCGGAAGAUACGCGCUCGCCUACCCACCCGCGGACCUCGCGCAGCGCCUGAUCCAGGACGGCCUCCCCGUGGACGAGGAGCCGCUCGCGCGCGAGGUGCGCAGCGGGUACAAUGUUGCGCCGGGGAGCCAUCAGCCUGUGUAUCGUGCGCUCCCCGAGGAGGGGAGGUGGAUGGUGCGGGGGAGAAGAGGGGUGAGAAGGGAGGGGGGGGACGAGGUAUGGGUUGACGGCGAUGCGGUGGGCCUAAUCCCCUCCUGGUCCUGGCCCAUCACCACCACCACCUCCACAAACACCACCCCCACGCCCCCCACUCCCAUCCUCACAACCAUCAACUGCCGCGACACCACCCUCCGCCACUCCAUCGGCCUCUGGAGCACCCUCAAGCACACCCAGCGCUGCCUCAUCCCCGCGCAGGGCUUCUACGAAUGGCAGAAACCCACCUCCGGGCAGCAGCGCCUCCCGCACUACAUCCAGCGGCGCGACCGGCGCCUCGUGUACUUUGCCGGCCUCUGGGAGUCCUACACCCCCCCCGGUGGUGGUGGCACGCCGUACUACUCAUACACGAUCGUGACGACGGCGGCGGCGCCGGCGAUGCGCUUCCUGCAUGAGCGCAUGCCGGUGGUGGUGGAGGCGGGGUCGGAGGAGAUGCGGCUGUGGCUGGCGCCGGGGGAGAGGUGGGGGGAGGGGCUGCAGGGCGUGUGUGUGCCGUGGGGCGGGGAGUUGGAGGUGUAUAGGGUGGCCAUGGAGGUUGGGAAUGUGAAGAGGGAUGAGAGCUGGAAGGGGAAGGGGAAGGGGAAGGAGGAGGAGGAGGCUGACGAGGGUGAAGCUACGGAGGGUGCUUUGGUGGUAGGGGAGAAGGUGGAGAAGGAUUCGGAUAUGAAGGCUGGGGAAGAGGGUAAGCACCUCAUGCCCAAGAACGACCUGGAAGACACCAAGGAUAUCAAUAUUAAGCAAGAGGCGGACCUCAAAACUGAAAUCCCCAUCGACGACGACGGAUGGGAGACCUGGCCAGAGGCCUUUAAAACCGAGCACAACCCCGAAGAAGAAUGGGAAACCUGGCCAGAAGAGGAAUUCAAAGACGAAGCCUCCAGUGCCACUAAUCCCCCAGAGCCCGCCUCAGGCACCCUCAAAAACAACGCCCCAAACACCACCACCACCACCACCACCACCACAGCAGCGCUCAAGCGGGAAUACGAUGCCAGUGAUGUCUUGUCGCCGCCGGCAAAGGUGGCAAAGACGGGUGAGACGCCGCCGUGGGUGAGGUCUGCCACGAGUAAUGCUGCGAACCGGAGGGUGGUGGUGGUGGUGCUGGUAGGAGGAUGGGGAAGGGCGUGA